CGGCCAGAACCCAAAGUAAGACGAAGUAAAGGAAAAGGACCAUGUAAUAUAAGCAUGAGGCAGUAGAAAUGUGCACGGGACAGAAACAAUGCACGAAUAAGACAAGAGCAGGCUAAAGGACGGUGACAGAAGGGGAGAAGGAGAGCAAACAACAGGAUUUUCCCAGUGGGCUAUUUAUAAUCCUGUUACUACUGUACAGAGCUUCUCAUUACAUACACCAGAAAAACAGAGCUACAAGUUCAGCUGACACACAGAAAGGGCUCAUGGAGGCAGCACUGAUUUUCCUUUGUUCUGCUCUGGUUCCAGUACUGGGUGCCAGUGAGGAGGUUAAGGAUCAAGACCCAUUUCACUAUGAUUAUGAAAGUUUGCGCAUUGGAGGGCUAGUCCUUGCUGUUAUCCUCUUCACCCUGGGGAUCCUCUUAAUUCUCAGUCGGAGGUGCAGAUGCAACAAUCUGAACCAGAAACAAAGGGCUCCUGGAGAUGAAGAAGCUCAGGCUGAAAACCUCAUUGCCUCAAAAGCUAGGGGAUCCCAGAAAGCAGAAAACUGAGAGACAAUCUACUUAACCAGGGAUUUACAAAGAACAGUCUACG